GAUCCACGAAUCUCAUUUCCUACUUCAGGGCUGGCAAUCACGGGUUCCCGCCUCUUGCAUGGGACAAAAUGAAGGUCAACUACCAACGGCUAAAUUAGCCGGCGGGGCAACUUUCUCCUUUCUCUAAUUUAGUAAUGGACACUCUCUCGCUAAAGAGUGGAGGACAGCGCAGCAAGCAAUCCCUGUCGAGCUUCCCGUACAUGCCCUUAUUGACAUACAUCUGGACGAAAUGUAUGCCUUUCCCAUCGGAGGUCCUGCAGAAGUUGCGAAAAUUAACAGGUUCCAAUUUCCAGCUAUCUACCUUGUCGUCGAAUGAAAUAAAGAAUAAUAAUGCACAUAUGCCAAUAACUACAUGCAGGAUGGUUACAAAAAAAGGAUCUCGUUAAUUCGUUUGUCUCAGCUUACUCCAGAAGAUAUCAUCAGAAAAACAGAGCGUGAAGAAAGAAGGAUAUAUUACGAGAGGAGCCAAAAAUAUUCCAGAACAAAAAGACGACCCGCACCCCGUACACAGAUCCAAUAAUGUUCAACAGGCAGUCAAUGUCGCAAACAUGCGAGCUUCGCAACGGAUAAUCGGUGCCCCGGGACUUGUGGCCGGGUGGCGGGCUGGGACUCGGCGAGUCAGACAGUAAAACGAUAAAAUGCACUUAAAAAAAUGGUGGCAGUCAAUCAGCGAAUUCCCAGGCCUCGGAGUGGCCGUCGUCACACGUCAUCUACGGGCCACGACGACGACGACGACGACGACAGGGUAGAGAACAAAAGUCCUCGCGCGAAGAAAUACCGUUGAGAGAAGCCAAAAGAGAAAUCGAGGAGAAAUCGUCGCUCCCACUGGAUGGCAUUGUGGAGGAUAGGCCGUCGGCUGUGGGCCAGGUCCGAAAGUCCACCCCGAUCGGGACGAUCUGCGAGAGAGAGAGGAGUGUUUGGCGAUGGACGGAGCUGGAGCUGGAGCUGGAAGAGAAGGAGGAGGAGGGAGGGGGAGAGGGACCAGAGGAGAGUGAGUGGGUGGCAGGCAAUGCUCUGCUUGCCCCGUUCCGAGCCCUCGAUCGUCCGACCAGCGAAGAUGAUGACGACCUGGGAGUCUCACUGCGACGCAGAGGGGGCGUCUGACUCUCUGGGAGUCUGUCGCCCUCUCCCCCAUUCCCCCCUCCCCCUCCUCUCUCUCUCUCUCUUCCUCUCUCUGGGUGCGCUGGCUGGCUGGCUGCUGGUGCCUCUGGGUUCGUCUGACACCAGCCAGAGCCGUAUGCUGUAGAAUUGGGCUCGCUCGAGCCUCACCAGUUGUAGGCUGGCUGGCCUGGUUGGUUGGCUGGCCCGGAGCUCAGCAGCUCAGCUCAGAUCAGCUCUGUUCUACUCUGAGCGAAUCCUCGAGCCGAGCUGCCCCCUCUCGCCUCGCCGAACGUAUUCCCAUCUCCGGUGUUCAUGGUUCUUCCUUCCACUCAUUUAUAAUCUUUGCCUACUCCGCCCUCCUACGUACCAGCAGCGCAGCGCUGCGUUGCUGCUGCUGCUGCUUCUAUUUCUGCUGCUCGAGCGAGAAGGCGCAUUUCCAUUCCCUCAGCCCACAGUACAGUACGCCAAAAUAAAGGCAUUGCCCUCUGCACAAAUGCGAAUGAUUCAUCCCCAACGUCUUUCCUAUUAUCGCUCGUCUCGGAUGCUCUAAGGCCCCCCUUUCUCCUCCUCCAUAUGCGGGAGCAAUAGAGAGAGAGAGAGCGAGAGCGAGAGCGAGUGACGGGAUUUUCCUCAUAGUUUAAGCUAGUGCUCUGGAGGAGCAGCAGUGGUGGUGGUGGUGGUGGUGGACUGUACAUUGUUGCUGGGAGCUGCUGCUGCUGCUGCCUGCCUGCAGCAUCGGAAGCAUUGGAUCACUGACACGCAGUUGAGGACGGUGGGCGAGCUCGGGCCAUACUGUCUCGGUACAUACAGUGUUCGGGUACUGUGUAUGGCAAUUUGCCAGCAGUUUGUUGGGUAGAGCAGAGCAGAGCAGAGCGGGAGCAGAGCAGAGGAGAGCAGGCCGCAGCAGGAGCAGCAGCGGCAGCAGCAGCAGAUAAUAUACACAAGAGCGGAGUCGGACUGGACUGACCGAAAGUGGCGCACCAUCGCUUCUGCUUCUGCCGCAAUAUAUCGACCAGCGGUGUGGCGUGCCUGCAUCGACUGCGCGAUAUUUCUCUUCACCGUCGCGCCUACUCUCCUCCCACCGCCCCUCUACAGCUCUCUCCCUCUCUCCCUCCCUCUCUCUCCCUCUCUCUCUCCCAACUUCCCUCCCCCUACUUGCUGUCUGCCAUCGACAAUGUGGAGAAUUACAGGCCGAGGAUUCUGAGCGUGAACUCUUUCGCGGGCCAGAACCGUAAGCGCGAAGCAGUGGGAUGCUUUUCGUCCCACCUGUUCAUGUCUGAUACCUCCUUCCCUCCCUCGGGCAGCUCAAGCAAAAGAGACUCGCGAAGCACAGCAGCUCAGAAGCGGGAAGCUUCAGCUGCGGCUGUAGCUUGAGCUCUAGCUCUGGCUCUGGCUCUUUCGAUCAGGAUAAUGUUCUCGCUGUCAGACUUCGUACCCUUGAAGCGCUCGAGUCCGGAGCAGUAAUCGUGCCCGCGAGCAUUUGCCUCUUCGCUCGAAUCGUGUCGUGGAGGCGAGCUCGGUCGAGCGGAGGAGGAGAGAGGGCGGGAAAGGAAAGAAGGUCGGAGCGAGAGAGAUUCGUGCGUGGGCUCGGGGACUACGAAUGCAGAGGAGGACGGCGAGGAGGGCGGCGCAGUAGGAGUGGACUGAUCGUGAUCACUUCUCCCGGCGAGCAGCCAGCAGCAGCAUUGGCCAGGGAGCGCAAGAAGGGAGUGCUCGAGCUCGAGCUGGAGCAUGAGCAUGGGACUCUCUCGGGCUCUCGAUGAGUCGCAGCGACGAGGCUCUUCUGUGCGGAGACGAGAGUGAGGGAGAGGGAGAGGGAGAGGGAGCGAAGGCAGAUGUUUGAAUGGCUCUGAGAAUGGCUCGGCGGCGCGAAGGAGAGAUGACGCAGAUGUGUUCAGCCGGGGGGAGGGGCGUGGGAUGCCGUGGGCUCGGACAAGGCAGCUCAAUGUGCUGCUGCUGCUGGAACCUCGCGGUCGGGGUCUUCUUGCUGCUGCUGCUGCUGGCGAGCGGGGCCGCGGGCUCGGGGAUGCGGAGCGGCAAUGCGCCUCGAAUCAGCGACGAAGUGAUGGCGUUGUUGGUGUUCAAGGCCGGGGUCAUCGACCCGAACUCGGUCCUGAGCUCGUGGAAUGACAUCGACAUGGAUCCGUGUCACUGGACGGGCAUUACCUGCAGCUCGGCCACGGGAAGAGUGACGGACAUCACGCUCGUGGGGCUAUCGCUCUCGGGGACCAUCGCCCGAGCGCUCGUGAAGCUCGAAGAGCUGCAGACGCUCACUCUGGCCAACAACAACUUCACUGGCCCAUUGAAUGGCGAGCUGGCCGAAUUCUCGGACUUGAAGGUGCUGAAUGUGAGCCACAACGCGCUCUCGGGCAGCAUUCCGGCCUCGUUCGGAAGCGCCGGCAAUCUCUACGCCCUCGACCUCUCCAACAACGCCUUCACUGGAACUCUGCCGCCGGAGCUCUUCUCUUACAACUGCCAGAGCUUGCGCAUCGUGUCCGUCUCGGUGAACUCUUUGGAGGGCCCCAUUCCCGCCUCCAUCGGCUCGUGCUUCGAAGUUCAGAGUCUCAACUUCUCCUACAACUCGCUGUCGGGAAAAAUUCCCGACGGCAUUUGGGCUCUCGAGAGUCUCCUGGACAUCGAUCUCUCGUUCAACUUACUGACGGGGCAAAUUCCAGUGGGAGUCGGGUUCCUGAAAAAUCUCACCAGUCUCCGCCUCCAGAGCAACAACCUGUCCGGUGGGGUCCCGGCUGAGCUCGGGAACUGUGGCCUUCUGGAGCACUUGGUUCUCAACAACAACUCCUUGAUCGGCGAGCUGCCCAUUCAGCUGGGCAACUUGAAGUCUUUGGUCACUUUCAAUGUCCGCGACAACUUCCUGUCAGGCAGCGUGCCGAGCUGGGUGGUGAACAUGACGUUCAUCAGGGAGCUGAAUUUGGCCAGUAAUGGAUUCAGUGGGCAGAUUCCUUCUUUCAUCGGUUUUCUGUACCAGCUAUCAUCGAUCGACCUGAGCGCCAACAAUUUCUCUGGCCCUGUGCCGCAUGAGAUGAUGACCCUACAAAACUUACAGUACGUUUCCUUAUCGGAUAACUCUCUCACCGGAGUCAUUCCUCCCUUCCUCAGUGGAUGCGGAUCACUCCUGUCUAUUGACCUGUCCAGGAACUUGUUCGACGGCUCGUUUCCGGCCCAGAUCAUGUCUUGUUCCAACUUGCAGCAUAUCAAUCUCGCGGAAAACAUGUUGUCGUCCUCUGUUCCCGAGGAAAUUGGAUUUAUGCCCGGCCUGCAGCUUCUGGACGUGAGUUCGAACCAGCUUCUGGGGCCUAUUCCCAGUACCUUGGGCAAUGCCACUCAGAUCCGUGUCCUUCGCCUACAGAGGAAUAACUUCAGUGGCCCCAUUCCUGCCGAGCUUGGAAACUCCACGCUUCUAAUCGAAUUAAAUUUGUCGGAGAACAACUUGAGUGGACCGAUUCCGCUGGAACUAGGCAAACUCGCAGAUCUCGAGAUGCUCGACUUGUCCCACAACUCAUUCUCAGGCGUUAUACCGGAGGGCUUGGGACUGCUCACAAAACUGGUCGUCAUAGAUGUGUCACACAAUCAGCUGCAGGGCCCUAUUCCAACGGAUGGCAUAUUCAGUCAGAUGAACACUACUGCAUUUGAGCAAAACGCGGGAUUGUGCGGAACAGCUGUGAAUAUCUCUUGUACCACUUUCCCCAACCCAUUGAUCAUAGACCCGAAUGACCCCAACGCCAUACCAGGCACUCUUUCUCCUCUGUUUAGAAGCAAGCGCAGCCAAACUAUACUCAGUGUGUCUGCAAUCACUGCCAUAUCUGCGGCAGCUGCCAUAGCUUUAGGGGUGAUCAUGGUGACACUUUUGAAUAUGUAUGCUCAAACAAGGCGUAGGUCCAACAUCUUCACAAUCGACAGCGAUCCUCAAUCUCCAUCUGCUGCCGAGAUGGCCAUGGGAAAACUGGUCAUGUUCACCAGGCGUUCUGACCCCAAGUCGGAUGAUUGGAUGGCGAGCGCUCAUGCAAUUCUGAACAAGGAUUGUGAAAUCGGACGAGGAGGGUUUGGCACAGUGUUCAAGGCCAUAUUAGCACACGGAGAGACUGUGGCAGUGAAGAAGCUAAUGGUCCAAAGUCUGGUGAAGUCCCAGGGAGAAUUUGAAAAGGUAGUGCAUAUGCUUGGAAACGUGAAGCAUCCCAAUCUAGUGGGCUUGCAGGGCUACUACUGGACCGAUCAGCUGCAGCUUUUGGUCUAUGACUAUGUCCCAAAUGGAAACCUGUACUCUCAGCUGCAUGAGAGAAGAGAAGACGAGCCUCCUCUAAGCUGGCGACUUAGAUUCAGAAUUGCCUUGGGUACUGCCUUGGGUCUUGCUCAUCUCCACCAUGGAUGUGUACCGUCGCUGAUACAUUAUGAUGUGAAGUCCAGCAAUGUCCUGCUAGAUGAUGAGUAUGAAGCGCGAAUAUCAGAUUACUCACUUGCCAAGCUCCUACCCAAGCUCGACACGUAUGUGAUGAGCAGCAAGAUGCAGAGUGCACUUGGGUACAUGGCUCCUGAGUUCGCUUGCCAGAGUCUCAAGAUUACGGAGAAAUGUGAUGUGUACGGUUUCGGGGUCCUGCUGCUGGAGCUCGUCACUGGCAGAAGGCCGGUGGAGUACAUGGAGGAUGAUGUGGUGAUUCUGUGUGAUUUUGUCCGUGCUCUGCUGGACGAAGGGCGGGCACUGAGCUGUGUCGACUCUAAACUACUGAGCUUCCCCGAGGAUGAGGUUCUUCCGAUCAUCAAGCUAGGAUUAAUCUGCACGUCGCAGGUUCCUUCCAACAGGCCUUCGAUGGCAGAGGUUGUUCAGAUUUUGGAGCUGAUCAGGCCACUAGUGGAAAGCAGAGGAUCAUGAUUAGUAUGCCCAGCUUCGUCCAAACUCCUCUGAGCACGUCCGUAGUAGUACCACGAGCAUCUUUCAGCUCCGUCGACCUAGAGGUAUAUAUUUUGUGCAGCUUAGGUGAUCACCUUGCGAGGUCUAAAUUUAAUUCGGUGCUUGGGCUUUGAAAUGAGCAACUGGUUUUCUAGCUCCGCCAGUUCAUUGAUUCCACAGAGAAAUAGAGCUUUGUUUGAACUUUCUCUUUCAAAGCACAUGCACCUCUGAUCCGAUCAAAGCCACUAUAUGUGGUUCACAAGAUACACAAUACAGCAGACCAUAUGUCACAGUUGCUGUGUGUACCAAAAGAUUCGAAGGGUGUUCAUCGUGUUGUCACCCUUGAAACUGUAAACUUUUGUGUAUUUUCCUUAUGAGUCCACCGAUUUUCGUCUAAAUUGUCCACUACAAACUCAUGUGAUUGCUG